AUUAUUUAUAAUAAAAUUGUUACCAUAUCUAUGGAACAUUAAGAGAUAAAAUCAGAUAAACCAGUUGUAAUAUAUGGAGGUGAUUAUUGUCCUUAUUGUCAUAAAUUAAAGCACUUUUUAGAGAGUAAAAAUAUAGAAUACGAAUAUCGGGACAUCACAAAGGAGAAGGAACAUGAAAGAUAAGUGAACGAAUUUGUAGUUAAAUUAAAAUGGAGCACAAUUCCAAUGGUAUUCAUAAAACAAAAGUUCGUUGGUGGAUAUACAGAUGUAGUAAGUUUGGAUUAGAAAGGAGAAUUAGAGAAAUUAGUAAAAUGAAGAGUUGGAGCUUGAUUAUUAUAAAUUAAAUAAAUAUAAUAUAGAG